AGAAGAGGAGCUUUUAUUCCUUUCUCAUUAAUGCUUUUAUGAGAAAGGGUCUGAAUUUCCUUAAAGAUGUUUUUAGACAAAUUUUCUUUAAAAAAAAGCUGCAUUAAUCAUAUGAAACAGAUUUCAAACCUCUGUUAAUUUAUAGGCGUAAUAUUCUGGAAAAUGGCCAAAGGUUUGUGUGCAUAAUUACUUAUAAUAUGCACAGUACUUAAAUAAUAACUAAAUGAUAUAAUAGACAUAUAAUUUAAAUUUAUAGUUCAAUUAAUUUUGUAUUCCAAAUGAUUAUUUUAAAAUGUUUAAAUUUAAUUUAACCUAAAUUAGUGCAAUCAAGUCCACAUCAUUUUUACUAUUUAAAGAUUGACUUUUAAUGUUCCGUAUACUUUUCAUCUUCCUACAGUACCGUGCAAAAGUUUUAGACACCCUAUUUUUUUUUUAAGUACAAACUUUGUUAUAGAUUUUUUUAUUUGAUGACUUCUACAUUAUCGAGUCAGUACACGAACAUUUUAGAUUCCCAAGCAUUAGUUUUCUUUCAUAAAGUUAAAUGUUAAUGUAAAAUGUUUGUAUAUCUGUAUAGAAAGCAGUGUCUUAUGUAAGAGACCACUUUUCAGACAACAAACACAAUGAAGGCUGAUGGGUUUUGCUGCAAAAAUAAGAAGCGAGUGCGACAGUAAAGUCUCCAGAAGAACCGUGGCUGCUUCUGCGAAAUGCUCAAUAAAAUUUACAGCUUAUAAAACUCCUUAUAAAACUGCACUAAUCGUACCGGAGACUACUAUAUAAAUUUUUUUUUUGUCAAACCAAAUAUUGACUUUGUUUCAUUUACUACUCUUCACGGCUCUUUAUGGUAUUUUUUCAACGUUGAAACAUUUAAUUUAAUUAUUUUGAAGGCAUCUUUGCUCUACAGCAUUUCUUUCCAUGUGCCUAAAACUUUUGCACAGUACUGUAUACAUACAUACAUAUAUAAAUACAUUAUAUAUUAUAUAAUAAUAUAUUAUUAUAUACAUUAUAUGUGUGUGUUGUGAGAGUGAGAGAGAGAGAGAUGAUGAUGAUGAUGAUGAUGAUAUUAAAGGGGGCAUUAGGACCCGUGGGACUCCCGGCAGCUCGCUGGUCCCUUUCCACCUGUUGAAAGUGCGCGUGGAACGUGCACGCGCUCCACAACGCGUUAUGGGCAGCGCGCGAGGUGCAAGCAUGCGCGUUCCCCGCUCCUUCAUAUAUCAUGAACUCUCUGUUUAUACACAAAUGUGGCGAAAAGCGACGCCGGAGGAGCUACUAAUUCAGAAAAGCUUCUCUAACUAACCCUUUCUUACUCGCAGCGUUUGGUUUGAGGACGGUGUGAGGAGUUUCCGCGACGCUACAGAGGUUUUCAGGUUUGCCUGCGAGACAUUCCACUGAAAAACAUCCUGUGGUUUAUAAGAAAGUCUUCAUUAUGGCGAUGGAAUGCAUUAAAAACUGCUGCAGGAAUUUUCUGGUGGAGGAGAAAGAACCAGAGCCUCAGAUCAUUACAGUUCGACCCUUUGCAUCGCUGCAAGAGGCCGAAGUCAAGAAAAGUACGUUUGGCGUCUCGGAGGAUUAUCUUCUUUCCAAACUGCCUCCCGAUGGCAAAGAAAUACCCUUCGUACUCCCUUCGUUCAGAUCUUCCUACGUACAGCCACAAGGGAUGCAGUACUCCAGCUACCAGCCCGGGCUACAGGGUUCAGCAAGAGCCACGUAUGCAGAGAGGAAGGCGGAGCUAUCUACUGUGGGUCAAAUCGCAUAUGACCCCACGUCCCCGAUUAACCUGGGUCAUGUGAUCAGCUACGUAUCCCCGAGGACCGUGAGACGACCCAUGCUGAGAGUCGGACACACAUCAGCCUUCGACCAGAGCGUGAAGCAGAGACUCAGCGCCUCCAUGUUGGAUCUGUCGAGUCCUCACGGCCACAUUCAGCGCUAUGACUCAGUGAACAGUGUCCCGAGCAGCACGUCCUCCUUUCGGGAUUCCUUUGGAAGCAGCCGUAGCAUAGAAUCCAGCACAGUGUCGAGUGAUGACCGGGAGCGGGAUUUGGGGAAGGUGUGUGUGCGUUUGAGCUACCAGGAGGCGGUGGAGCAGGUGUGGAUCACACUGGUGCAGUGUAAGGAUCUGUGUGUGUACUCCGAUGUUGGCGAGCAGCAGAGGGUUGGCUUUAAAGGGGUCAUCACCAUGGCAAAACCUGUACAGUUUAAGACUUCAGUAAAAGAGGCGACACCAGACGUGGUGUUUAUGGAGACGUUCGUAUUCACUCUAAACCUGGAGCAGCUGCGCGGUUGCGCCCUGGUGCUGCGACUGCAGACACACACCCCUCGCAAGCGCACGCAGGGCGAGUGUGUGUUAUCUCUCCGGACGCUCGCGUCGCAGGAGACCGAGCACUGGCUGGACCUGAGUCCACCCUGCAAGACGCACGUUUGUCACGCCGAGCUCCAGUUAUCCACCUGCUUCCAGCCGGUCAGCAGCCGAAUCCAGCUCCAGAUCCUCACCGCCCAGAACCUACCAUCAUCAUCAUCAUUCCUCACACAGAGUUUCUUCGUGAAAGUCGAGAUGUUCAGCGACGGACGCUUUACAAUGAAGAGGAAGACGAAGCUGGCAAAGCCGUCCGGAGGGCAGGUGCAGUGGGCGGAGUCCGUGCUCCUGCCGGUCACCGGUCAGGACUACAACAUCCAGCUGUCGGUCAAACUCUACAGCCGUGGAUCUAUACGCAGGAAGUACCUGCUCGGACAGGUCGUCCUGGGUUUCGACAGCUCGUCACCGGACGCCGUGAAGCAGUGGACCGACUCCAUCACACACCCAGAGAGAGUGGUUACGGCAUGGCACAGACUGAGCCACUCCUGAGAGAGUGAGAGAUUACAGAGAGAGAGAGAGAGAGAGAGAGAGACAGAAAGACAAACAGGUGGACUGGGUGUGCACCUGACAUGGUACAUGUCAGAAGUACACACACACAGAAGUACACACACACACAUUUAUACACUGGGCCUUGUUUAUCAAACUGGAUACGUACAAAUGUGUUCAUAAAUUGUGCACAGGAGCAUUUACACAGGAAAUCUGGUGUUAAUGACAAUCCAGUUAUUUGGGAAAAACGUUUGGAACCUACAUUUGUUGCUAAAUUCCCAUAUAAGGCUGCUCGUUAUAUGUCCAGUACACACUGUAUAUACUUCAUUUCUUUGUCCGAGUUUUCAAAUGUGCUUACGUUAACGAUGUGUUUACAGAGUAAAGUAUUAUCAUGAAUAUUUACAUGAUGCUGUCAGAUGUCUCGGUAUAGUGUUUACUAUUAACAUUAGUGAAUGUGAUUCUCUCUCUCUCUCUCUGUUCCUUUAUGCAUCUGUUCAUUUCAGUUAAAGAAGAAGGUGUGGCCUCUGUGCCUACCAGUCCUAAUAAAGUGGGUGUGGCCUCAUUGUAUGUCAAGUUUGUAAUUGGCUGCUCUGCUUUUGAUGAUCCAGUGAUACAUGUCACUUGUCUGGCCAUCCUUAUGAAGGAGGCGUGGCUUCAGUACUUUUCAGUUACAGUUAAGGAGGCGUGGCCUCUGUGCCUUCAGUCUCAAUAUAAUAGGUGUGGCUUUGUCUCUGGCAGUCCUAAUGGAAGAGGUGUGGCCUCCUGUGCUUGUCCAAUCCCACUGACAGAGGUGUGGCUUCUGUAUCUGUCAGCCUUAGUGAAAAAGGCGUGGCUUCCCACUUCUCCAAGUUAACACUUUUUAAAAAUCAGCUGUUUUUGCAGAAAAACGAAUCACGCACUAAUUUUGCGACAUUGUAUCCUGUUGACUGGUGGCGGUUUCAAACAUUUCCUUCGUACAUCACCUCGUCUCAGUGCGAGCGAGAGAUCUAGCGCAGCCCUUUUGUAAAUUGUACGUAUGAGUCUCCUGCCGUUAAUGGUGCUGUCGAUUAGGAAUUAGAUUUGAACAGAUUGAGGAUGUGGGACUGCAGCUUUCCUAAAGACGGAGCUGUAACUUAAUGUUACCUAAGCUUCAGAAAGAGUCCUCGAGAUCCAGAGCGCUUGUUUGUGGGUCACAGGCGGCUGACACACUUUCUAUUUUUUGGAGGUAAAUAGAUUGAGUUUAAAGAAAAUUCAGUCAUUCAAUCCGUCCUGUUGUACAGAGAGAGAGGGAGAGAGGGAGAGAGAGAGAGAAGGACAAAGAAACACGUUUGUUAGCAUGAAGUGCUCAUCUUUCCUGUAAUGUCCUUAACAAAAAUGUGUGUUUGUACUUUAAAUGAUCUUUUCAUUGUGCACAUGUCCACACUGACAUCACGCUUACGUACAGCAGUAGAUAGUUGUUACGUCUGUGAUGGUAUAUAACUGACAAUUUAGUGCAUUUUUAGAUUUUAUACUUUCUCAAUAUAUGAAGGG